CCGACGAGGGCGAGGAGAGGGAGGCGCUGGCGGCGGCGGCGGAGAGGGAGGCGGCGCGGCGAGAGCUGGAGGAGGCGCGGUUCGGCGCGGGCUUGGAGCAGUGGGGGAGGGGCGAGGCGGCGGCGGCGGCGGAGCGGGCGGCGGCGCGCGAGGAGGCGCUGCAGGCGGAGCUGAGCCACCGGGGCGCGCGAGGCGCAGGUGGAGACGGCGAUGGUGGCGGCGCUUGCAACGGCCGAGAAGGAGGCGGAGGCGCGAUCUGCCCUCGACGAGUCUAGCGCCUCGGCGCAGGACGCGGCGCGCGAGCGCUCCUUGCAAGGGGCGCUCGACCGGGGUGUCGCACAGGGGAAGCAGGCGCGGGAGGAGGAGGCCGGGGCGGCGGCGGGGCGCAGCAAAGGUGCAGAGGCGGCGGGAGCUCGCAUCGCGGCGCUCACUGCGGAGGCCAACGCCGCAAGGGCGGCGGCGAUGCAGGCCAAGAAGGCUCUGGUCGCCGUUCGCGACGUUGUGGCGUAUGAGCAAGCGGGCGCCCAGGCGGCAAGGAGCGAGGCAGCCGCCGCCGCCGCCGCGCUGCAGGCUGAGCGCGCCGCGGCGGAGGAGGCCCGUGCGGCGGCGGCGGCGGCGGCGGCGGCGCUAGAGCGCGCCCAAGCCGCAGCAAGCGCGAGCGAGGAGAGGGCGAGGGCUGCAGAGGCGGAGGUCGCCGCCGGGAGGAGGGAGAGUGGGUCUCACGAGUCGAGAGGGGCCGCCCCGCUCCUCGCAGCCGCAACAAACGUCGCCCCAGCCCUCGUGACGGAUCCCGAGCCGCCGCAUGUCGCGCCGCUGCUGCGGCAUCUCAGUUUCGACCCUGAGGCCGAGGCGACGGGCGAUUUCCUCGACAAGCAGCACGCCGCUCUCGGCCUCAGCCUCGGCCUCACGCGAACCGGCUCGGCCGCCGCCGGCUCGGCCGUUGCUUCGGCGGCGGCCUCCCCUCGGAGGAGAGGUGGGCGGAGGAGAGGGAGGAGGAGGAGGAGGACGCGAGCUGCUCCGAGGUUGGCGAGGCGGCCAAGGACCCGGAGCUGAGGGAGGCCGAGGAGGCGGCGGCAGUCGCGGCCGCCCUGGCCGCCUCCAACCCCUCCCUGAGGCUCGAGGCUGAGGCGGCAGCAAAGAAGCGGGCGGCGAAGCUCGCCGCCCCCUCGGGCGCGCGGUGCGAGGCUGCGCCGCCCUCAGCGCCGGCGGCGGCGCAAAAGGACUCGAGCGCGCUCGCGGUCCUCGAGGUUGGCGUCGGGGGAGGCAAGUCGGCGCGGCUGCCGGUCCACGCCGGGGACAACCCGGCGGCCAUCGCGGCCAAGUUUGCGAGCGAGCACGGGCUGCCGGCCGCGUACCAGCAGAAGCUGGUUGCGACGAUCGAGCAGCAGUUGGCGAGGGUGCGGCGGAGGGCAGGCGGCUGAGCCUGAGCGGGCGAAGCUCGACAGGCUCUCUGAGCGGGCGAAGCGAGGAUGGAUUGAGCGACUGACCGCUCACUCAACGGCACGCCAAGCCGACGGCGCACAACCUCCCUCCCUCUCUUGCACAUGCAUGUGGCAUAAUCCCGGACCGGCUCUUUGGGUUCUUUUUACUCUAGCCUCCUUCUCAGUC